AUGCCUAUGUCCAUCAAUGGGCCCAUGAACAUGGGCAAAGAGAACGGCCAAAGUGGUCUCCGAUUUCUUUACUUAGGUCAUAAUUCUAGUAACAGCUCUAGUUAUGAAAUGGGCAAUACGAGUGAAAUGGCAGAAACUUCUAGUGUCACUUCCCUGCACUCAGAAAAACGAACACCCCUAGGGUUAUUGACUACAUUAUAUGGACUUAACGUGAUUGCUUGGGGUGGCAUGCUUUUCCUCCUCAUCUGCAACGCUGCUCCUGCUAUGUGCCACCCGACCUGUGAUGACAUCCAUUCUGCUCGCAAGAAGUGGAUCGAAAUUGAUUCACAAAUCCUAAACGCCCUUUUCUGCAUCACUGGUUUUGGCUUGGCACCAUGGCGUAUCCGUGAUCUCUAUUUCUGGGUCAAAUGGAGAGUAGGGGGCCAACAGAUUGGUCUCGCCCGCUUGUGCGAUAUCCAUCGCUCAUGGUUCUACCGUAGACCGAUCGACAUUGGUGUGGAAGAGGUGUCUACUCCGGCUCUAUGUGUUCAACCGAGCCCACCGUGGAAACUGGAUCUGGUAAUAUGGUGCAACUGUUGGAAUACGGUGUUUCAGGCAUUCCUAGCAGGAUUUAUGUGGGGAAUGGACAGAUUCAAUCGUCCCAGUUGGACAACAGGCUUAUUUGUGGCCUUGGCUUGUGGCGUUGCCGGCUUGGGGGGGUGGGUAUCAUAUGCCGAAGGCCGAAGGACUAGAAUACUGAGAGAGGUAGAUUAA